GGCGCGACGAGGUUUAUUAUGGCAACAGCUCCAGGCAACUGCCCAGAUGCCGAGCGCCUUCGCCGGCGGGAGGUGCGGGUGGCGCGGGGCGCGCAGCGCGCGGAGGGCAGCGCGGCAUGGGCUGCGGAUCUUCGCAGGGCGCGGAGGACCAGAGACGCUCGCCCGCGCCCAGGAGGGGCUGGGAAGAUGAAUGCAAGGAUGACGUCAGGGUGAAGCCUGCAAGGGAGGACUGCAGCCCCCAGACCCAAGGGGCACCUCACCAAGACACUGUGGACAGUGCAGAGUGUCUGGAACCGCAAGCCUUGAUGGGGAGUUUACCUGGAACCAUUCCAGAAAAUUCUCCACCUCCUAGUAGCAAAAGUAAAAAAGUAUAUUCAGACUCAGUGACCAAUGGAUUAAUCAAUAAACUGCAAUCCCUAGAGAACAGAGAGCGACAGAAGUCAUCAGACAUCCUGGAGGAACUCAUUGUUCAAGGGAUAAUACAAAGCCACAACAAAGUACUUAGAAAUGGGGAAUCGUAUGAUGUUAUGGUGGACACAUCUGAGGAGCCGCUGAGAAAGCCACCAGCGAGACUGAAGAAACUCAAGAUCAGAAAGAACACAAAGGACUUCACAGUGAAGGCCACAGAACACAAGAUGCCGGCUGCAGAGGGGCGCCUAGAGAAUACAGAAGAAGAAAUAAGAAAAAGGCUACGGAGUGAACGAUUUUUGCCCCCAACCAGUCACUCAGACUCCACUGAACAGGGCACAGCUGAGGUCCCACUUGCCGAAGGACCUCAGACCGUGAGACCUGCCGUGUCCGCACUGUCCGACCUGCAGGCAGCCGAGCCCCUGAAGAGGAAGAAGAGCAGAAGUGAGGCGACCCUGACUGACAGAAGCUACCAUUACGAAAGUUUUGAGGCUGUGGAGUCAGACAUGUUCUACAAUCAAGAAGAUGACAUAUUCUAAUAAGCCAAUUUCUGUGAAUUUCAUAAAAAGACAUUCGUUCUUCCCAACUGUCACACCAUAGUGGAUCUCAUGUUCUUUGCCAGUGUGACCUCACCCAUUGGGAUUUCUGGUGUGGGUUAGGAAUGAUAAAAUGAACAGCAUAGGCUGAAUACUAAUUAAGUGAAUAAAGCAAUCACAGAAACAAGAAAGAAAAGAAGGAUGCAUUUGACCAGCUUACAUAUUAUAAGGUGGGUAUUCUCCCUCCGAGUGGCUUCAGACAUUCCUACACACGUCUAAUUGACAAGUCGCUUCCAGCUUACAUGAAAAUGUUUGUGCCAAGUGAAUUCCUCUUUGUCCUUCCUCACCCUUAUCUCUGUCCACUAAUGGUCAUUCAUGACACACUGCAUGGAUUUGCACUGUUGAUUCUUGUGCUAUAUAUUUAGCUUUGUUUGCUAUCAAGGAAUAAAGCAAUGUCUUAGAGUUGAUCAAAACCACAGUUUCAUCCCUAAACUUAAGUAAGCAAUAUCCAGUUCUCAGAAUUAUAAAGUAUGGAGCUUGCUUUGUAUUGAAAAUGAACUGGAAGCAGAGCGUGUGAGGGGCCGAGGGCGCACCCUGAUGCCAGGUCUUCUUUCUGCAUCAGUGAUCUGACCUGAGCAGUUUGUUGCUCUCAUUAUAGAAAUUCUACCUUACUUUCCCCCACCCUGUACCACACACAUUCAGUCAAUGACUGGGUCUUAAGAGUCUACGAUCCGAGGUUCUCUUGCAUCCUUUUUUUGUACUUGUCGCCUGUUGCUAUCUAGUUUAGAUCACCUCAUCCAUCAACAUACAAUUAAAUUACAACAAUUCUCUCAAUUCUGUAUGAUUGUGAUGUGUAUAAGGCCCCUUAUUGACCAUCCUUAUUAUCAAGAUAGAAUCCAGGCUCCUUCUUGAAGAUAAAGAUCUCAGAUUUUACAAUUCACCCAACAUGGCUGCCUUCUAGUUCCUCAAACUCAGCACACUCUGUAAUCUCUGGUCUUUGCACAUGCCCUUCCUUCUUUCCUCUUUGGCCUUUUCGCUAUUUAACCUAUGGCUUCUCAUUUUUUAAUGCCUCUGCUCAGACAUCACUUCCUCCAGCUGCCCAGUCCAGGCCUCUCCUAGUCUCCUCUGUCACCCCGGAUUAUUCACCUUUGUACUCAUCACCCUGUGUGGGAAGUGCCUGAUACAUUGUCAUCUUCACUCCUAGAUAUUUUCAGUUCCUAUGUGGCAAAAGGGUGCACCUAUUAUGGUUGUAGUUGGAGAGCUGCUUUAGUACCUCGGAGAACUGCUUUAGUGAUUCAUCGGUAUGUGUAUACAACCUCCAGAACCAGGAGGCUUUUCUUCCCUGGGAUCCAGAAGCUGGGUCAAUCUUGAAGUACCACUCACAGGUCUUGUUUGCAUCAUCCUUCUGGGAUUCAGGAAAAUGGCAUCUUGCAUUCCUCUGUUUCCUCUAGAACUUUGGACUUCUGGGCCAAUAGGUGUGAAGGGAAUGGGGGAGACAGUCUUUGCAGAAGUAAAACGUUUGAGGCAGAGUCUACGUCUCAGAAUGUGACCUCAGAAAGGCUCUCUGUGUCUGUCUUCUUCCAUGCUAACUUGGGGUAGUCGCCAUCACAGAGUUGCAGCAAAUAAAAUCAUACAUCUGAAAGUACUUGUGUAAACUAGAAUACACCACAAGAUAUAUAGGACAGUAGCUAAACAAAAUCCCAUGUGAACAAUAUGGCAUCUUCCAUCAUUCCUGGAAUAUUUCUAAGAAGCUGUUCCCACAGUGCCAGGUGCCAAUCUUAUGAACUAUAAGAGAAGCUAAAACCAUUAUACAAAAGAACUUAGAAGAUUUGAGUAUCAUUCAUAUAUCUGUGAAUAAUAAUAUCUUAAUUACUGCAAAUGAUAUUUAAUAUAAAUGCACAGUAUUUGUAAACUAAAUAUUAAUUUCAUAAAUAUUGGAAUACUUUCUCUUACAUUUUCAUGGAGGACUGAGUUAAAAUAUAUAUUCUCUGUACCUAUGAGUCUUCAAGGAUUCUACUAAUUUGAUUCAAAUGUUUAAAAAAUGGUAACUGUACCAAACAUGUAAAGACUUUUUCUUGUUAUUAUUUGCCAUAGAGUAUUAUAGUAAUGAGUUAAAUAGGUCUUAUAAGUAAUCUAGGAUGGUUUAAAGGGUAUGGGAGAACAUGUACAGAUUGUAUGCAAAUUCUACACUAUUUUACAUAAAGGACUUGAACAUCCUCAGAGCUCAGCCCCAUGGAAUCCUUGGAGCCAACCCCCCUGCAGUGUAAAAGGUUGAUUGAAGUGUGUAAAGGUGAAUGUUGCCAUUGAUGCUCCACUUUGAAAACCCCUCUACAUACCCAGAGUUAAAUAUGCAAAAAGUAACAUAUCAAAAAUGAUCAUCUUUGUAUCUUUCUAGUGAUACCUUCCCCAUUGGCAGGAUGGGAUGAGAGAUUAUUAGCACACAGAACACCUGUAUCACAGCUCUGAGAGCAUCACUCACAAAAGCCAGCUCAGGGUUUAAGGAUGAGGAAGCAGAGACUCAGACUGUAAGCGACUUCCCGCAGUCACAGGGCCACUGCCACUGCCCAAGAAGUUCAUGCCUGACAAGCACUCUGCCUGCAAAGCGCAAACAACCGCAUUCCUACCAGGCUUCUUUUUUAAAACCUUAAACAUAGAUUUUUUCCUAAGAUCUUUUUUCUUCUUCCCUUCUUUCCUUCCUUCAUUUUUUCCUUCUUCUUUUCUUCCUUCCUUCCUGUUUAUUUUUUCUUUCACUGUUUUUAAAGGAUGAUUUAAAUUGAAAAAUAAAAAGGAAAAUUGAGCUUUCUAAGACAUAGUCUAUGAGGUCAGGUUCAUUUUAUCUAUUGAAGUAAAUAUUUGCUUUUCUCAUUCUUAAAACAGAGUUUUGGACAGCCACCAGAAUAUUUCACCUACAAUCUCAACCCUCAGGAAGUUAUGAACCAAGCAACAUAAGAUUAAGUAAAUGUCUCUGACAUCCUCUUAAUUGGUGGCAAUUAAUUGGUGGCAAUUUCUCCCUUUGAAAGAUGCCUUUGUGAUACUUAAUAGAGUGUAAUUUGAUAUUAGUCAUCCUCUGAUUUUAGUUGGAAGGAGGAAAUUUAUGGCCAACUCAUAUUUAAGGUAAUAUAUUUAAAGUAAUAUUUAGGAUUCAUAUUUUACAUAUUUCACAUAUAUUUAAAAUAAUAUAUAAAACAUUCAGCUUGGUUAAAACUAAUUUUAUAAUCACUGUGACAAAAAUAGGAAUGUUGCUAUAGUGACCACCAGUGAGUCACAAUGGUGCCUGUUUCUGUGUCUGUUAUUUCAUUACCAUCAUUAGUAUUUGAGGAAUGAUCAUACAGUAAAUACGGCAUCCUACAGAUGCAUAAUGCUAAAUUGUGUCAGCAUAUAGAUCACUUUUGUGUAUACUCAACACGUUCUUGCAGGGAGAAUGACACUGUGUCCUAGACAGGCAAAUAGAGAACAUAUUUUAAAAUAAACUAUGGGAGAUGACAGCUAUAUUCUCUCUGUGUCACUUACUAAAACUAAUAGCCACUCUUUGGUUUUUUAAUCUUAUGAGUAAUAACAGAAAAUACUGAAAAACAUAAGAAGCAAAAAACAUCAGAAAUCUGGUACUUUCACUUCCUGUAAGAUAACUACUGGUGAAAUUAUGUUGAAUAUACUUCUACUUUUUCCUUAAAAAUGGUCUCAUCUUACUUGAAUUGCUUUGUGUUUGGCAUUUUUUGCUCAACAAUAUCCAUGUCGUUAAAUCUAUAGUGUCAGUCUUAAUAAGCCACCUCACUGAUACAACAAUAUCACAACAUCAUCCAUUCCCCUGUUGUAUUUCCAGGGGUGUCCAUAGUUAAAGACAGCCCCAUGUUUUCAGUUUUGAACCUAGUGAUAAAUAAAAUACAGUGAAUGUUCUCUCUGCAAAGCAGAGCAGUCUAAGCACCUGGGAGAAUAAAAGUUGUCUUGCUUUGCCUGGCAUCUACCCUGCCUUUUUACUCUGUUAUUGCUCUCUGUGAAACUCUGUAAGUGCUUUCUUACCACUCUGGGAGGCUGAGGCAGGAAGAUUCCAAGUUCAAGCAAUUUACUAAGCUCUUGUCUCAAAAUAAAAAAUAAAAACAGACUAUAGAUACAGUGCAGGGUGAAGACCUUGGGUUCAGUUCCCAGCCUGGAAAAAAAAUGCAGCCAAUUUUGUGAAUACACUACAGAUAAUACUCUAUUCAGAAAGUUGAAUUCAUCUCAUGAUGAUUUUUAUUCAGUGCACUGAGUUCUCAAGUAUGCUUCAAAAACACACAGGAUAAAGAAUGGAAAAUGUGGGGAUAGUGGUAUGUGCCUGUAACUCCAGCUCCUCAGAAGAUAAAACGAUAGGACAGAAAGAUUUCAAAUUUAAAAAUCUGACCAAUUUAGUGAGACCCUUUUUCAAAACAAAACAAAAUAAGGACUAGGAUGUAGCUUGGUGGUAGAGUAUUUGCUUGGCAUACUUGGGGCACUGGGUGCAAUCUCUGGUACUGUUAUUCCCCCCAAAAUGUCACAUCUAUUAUCCUUAUGUCUGAGUUCACUUUUCUUUUUUCUUUUCUUUUCUAUUUGGAACUGAGGAUCUAACUCACUCACAACCUCACACUCGCCAAGUGGGCCCUUAAGCCACUGCGCUAAACCCCAGCCCUGAGUUUACAUUUCAUUGAUCAGGAAUAAAGAUUAGCCAACUUUUGGCAAGUGUUAUUGGCAGAGAAAGGUUCAUAAUUAAGGCUCUGAAAUUUUUCUCAUCAUUCGGAAAUAAAAAUAUACUCAGAAAAAAAAUCAAGUGGUUUGCUAUUUUAAGCACAAAUUACAAUCAUUCCGAACAUUGAUUUAAAAGCAGUAAUUCAAUUGCUAGUAAUCUCUAGUAAACAAUGCAUAAAUUUUCUUUCUUUCUGUGUUAACACAAUUCCAUUCCUAAACCAAACAUGAUAUAAUCACCCCUUGAUAUACAGGAAGGAUUGGUUCUUGGAUGUCCUGCAAAUACCAAAAUCCAAGGAGGCUCAAGCUAUUUACAUACAGUGAUGAGGUAUUUUUACACACAGCUGAAGCAUCCUCCCAGAGAUUUUAAGUCACUUCUAGAUUGCUUUGAAUACCUAACAUAAUGGGAAAGUAGACAGCUGUCAUAUUGUAUCCUGCAAGGAACAAUGACCAAAAAAAAAAAUCCCCCAAACAAAGUCUAUAUAUAAUCUUCUGUCCAGAUGCAAUCUUUUUUUUCCCAAAUAUGCUCAAAUCAUAGUGGUCACCAGAAA